CGGCAGGGUUUCACUGGCCAAGCUUGGCAGAGUUUCAGUGUCCAAAGCUUGCAGUGGCAAAAGUUUCAGUGGCCGAAGCUUGAGAGUUUCAGUGGCAAAUGUUUCAAUGGCGCUAGAAUUCUUUGGACCUGGACCUCGGUGGACCUGGACCUCGGUGGACCCGAGGAGGAGAGCGACAGAAAGAGCGAAUGCGACCGCGAGAGUGACGAUUCUUGUACCAGCAGCACUUCCGAAGACUCUGCGGGACGAGAUUUUGAAGAGGAUCUACUUAUGCUUCGAAGCUACAGCCUAAUCUCUACAGACGAGACAGGAGCGGUCCUCGGGAUGCACAGUCUUGUGCAGCUGUCGACCAGAAAAUGGCUUAGUGCCGAAGACAGAACCGACCCGUGCAAGGAGCAGUUUGUGCAUCGGAUGGCGCGCGAAUUCCCCUCUGGGGACUACAGUAACUGGGCUAAAUGCCGAGCAUUGUUUGCUCAUGUUGAAGGUGCGCUUAAUCACCGGCCGAAAAGUCGAAAGCUGCUCGGGGAGUGGGCGCAGGUUCUUUACAAUGGCAGUGGGUACGCUCAGAGCCAAGGCAGAUACAGAUUGGCGGAGAAAAUGGCGAAGCAGUCGAGGGACGCUAGGAUAGAAGUGCUUGGAAAGGAUCACCGGCUGACAUGGAAUAGUGUUUCAAUUAUUGGCGAGAUCUUGAACGAUCAUGGGAAGUAUAACAAGGCGGAGCAGCUGUUUAUGGAGGUGACGGAGACUCGCAAGCAGAAACUCGGACCGGA